AUGGCAAUGAUCCGGGGUUACUGGGAUAUCCGCGGGCUGGCUCACGCCAUCCGCCUGCUUCUGGAGGACACAGACUCAAACUAGGAGGAGAAGAAGUACCCGCUGGGGGACGCUCCCAACUAUGACAGAAGCCAGUAGCUGAAUGAAAAAUCCAAGCUGGGCCUGGACUUCCCCAAUCUGCCCUACUUAAUUGAUGGGGCUCACAAGCUCACCCAGAGCAACGCCAUCCUUUGCUACAUUGCUCGCAAGCACAACAUGUGUGGGGAGACAGAGGAAGAGAAGAUUCGCGUGGACGUGUUGGAGAACCAGGUUAUGGAUGUCCGCUUGUGCAUGGCCAUGAUCUGCUACAGCUCUGACUUUGAGAAACUAAAGCCUGAUUACUUGAAGGAGAUCCCUAAAACGAUGAAGCUCUUCUCAGAUUUUCUGGGGAAGAGGCCCCGGUUUGCAGGGGACAAGCUCACCUACGUGCAUUUCCUGGCGUACGACAUCCUUGACACGCACCGCACAUUUGAGCCCAGGUGUCUGGAUGAAUUCCCAAACCUGAAAGACUUCACUUCCCGUUUUGAGUGGUUAAGAAUCCACCUGCCAAUGCAGGGGACAUGGGUUCGAUCCCUGGUCCGGAAAGAUUCCACAUGCCGCGGAGCAACUAAGCCUGUGCGCCACAACUACUGAGCCUGUGCUCUAGAGCCCGCGAGCCACAACUACUGAGCCCGCGUGCCACAACUACUGAAGCCCGCGCGCCUAGAGCCCGUGCUCCGCAACAAGAGAAGCCACCGCAAUGAGAAGCCUGUGCACCGCAACGAAGAG